CUUGUAUCGCUCGUACCGUCCCGCUGCUCGAGGUUCCAUACGCUGCUCUUCCUCUGCGAGUGUCUAAUUCCUGUCGUCAUUCGUCAACGGCGUCGUCCUGUACUACGCUUGUUAAUCGUUAACGAGAAACAACAAGUUAACGAUGGCAUCGCACAUAACAGAUUUCUACAAUGGCAAAAGCAUAUUCAUCACCGGUGGCACCGGUUUCGUCGGAGUGUGCCUGAUAGAGAAACUCCUGCGAAGCUGCCCCGGCGUCAAGAGCAUUUACCUGCUUAUACGGCCGAAGAAAGGAAAGCAGAUCGCGGAGAGAUUGGAGGAAUUAACAAAAAACUCGGUCUUUAACAGAAUGAAGGAAGAGAAGCAAACUGAUUUAUUCAAAAAGCUAAUCGCAGUUGCCGGAGACGUCGGGGAAGAAAAUUUGGGAUUGUCUUCACAGGAUCGAGCGACCCUAAUAAAUACAAUAGAAGUUGUUUUCCAUUCAGCCGCUACAUUGGACUUCGAAGCCGAUCUAAAAACUACUACAAACAUUAAUUUGUUAGGAACCCGCAGGCUCGUUCAGCUCUGUCAAGAGAUAAAAAAUUUCAAGGCGCUUGUUCAUGUUUCCAGUGCGUAUGUUAAUUCAGUGUUGCACGACGUCGAUGAGAUAGUGUAUCCCGCGCCGGCGGAUGUAAAUUCGUUUCUCAAGCUGGUUGACACACUGGACGAUGCUGCCUUAAUUGCCAAAACGCCAGAAAUAUUAAAAGAUCAUCCGAAUCCUUACACGUUCACCAAACAUUUGGCGGAACACGAAGUAGUAAACGGAGGCCUUCCAACAACUAUUAUUCGUCCCUCGAUGAUAAUAGGAUCAUGGAAAGAGCCAGUUCCAGGAUGGACGAUAUCAAAAAACGGACCACAAGGCUUCUUAUUAGGUGCCAGUAAGGGCAUUGUGAGAAGAUUGCCAGUUGCAAAGAAUCUCGUUUAUGAUUAUAUUCCAGUAGAUAUAGUAGUUAACAGUAUAAUUGUUGCGGCCUAUAAUAUCGACCGUAGCAGCGAUAAAGGAUUACAGGUGUACCAUUGCACAUCUAGCACGUGCCAACCUUUCAAAUGGGAAUAUGUAGAAAAUAAUAUAAACAACUAUUUACACAAGUAUCCGUUACGCAGCGCCGUUUGGUAUCCGUAUCUCAAGUUUUUACCGUCGCUCUUUUUAUUUAAAAUCUCCGCCAUUUUUGUUCACUUCAUUCCUGCUUACAUUUUGGAUGCGAUUACCCGAUUAUGCGGAGGCCGUCCUAUUCUAGUUCGUCUGCAUACAAAUAUUAACAAUUCGUUGGGACGCCUUGAAAAAUUUAUCUUUCAAGAAUGGAAAUUUAAUAAUCCGCGUUUUCUGCAGUUGCAUGAAUCAUUAUCACCAGAAGAUCAAAAAUUAUUUACACUUGACAUUAGACCGUUAGUCUGGAAAGACUACUUUAUAGAUUUGGUACAAGGUGUCAGAAUGUAUCUUCAUAACGAAUCUCCGAAAUCUUUACCAAAAGCACGUUCCAAAGAUAAAAUACUUAUGAUCGCUCAUUUGGGCUUACAAGCUACUCUGUUGGGUUUGAUCUGGUGGCUAGUUAAAGUUUUAUUUGCCACAACAUGGACAAAAACUGGCUUAAUUGUUCCAAUAACAUACUUGCUUUUCAAUCAAAUAUAAAUAUAAUACUAUAUUUAAGUCUGUCAAUUUGAUAAUUUGUAAAUGUAAUGUAAUAUUUUUGAAUGCUUUUCUUAUAUUCGUACAUAGAAUAUUUAUACAGAAAAUUGAUUUUUAUACGUAAAUAUGUAUGCACAAAAGUAUACGUAUAUAUACCUAUAUAAUGUCAUACUUCUAAACUUUUUAUGUCUUAAUGGAAACAUAAGAUACUUUUUUAACUUUAAAGAAUUGAAAUCCAUAUUGAAAAAUCCGAAUAUGUACUUACGAUUUGAAUAUUCACAAUUAGAAUGCAAACUAGAUUUUGAAGUACUCUACAAUGCAAAAUAUAUCCGCUCUAAAUAUGAUGGAUAAAAGUGACUCUUUUCCACUUUAUAAGUGUGAAAUUAAAGUGGAAUUAUCGAUCGUCACUUUUUUCUAUCAUAUUUAGAGCGGAUAUGUUUUGCAGUGUAGAGAUGACACAAUUUUUACUUUAGUUGAAAAAGUAUAGAAUAUUAAUAAUACAAAACGUUGAUUUACUUGCGUGUAUGUGUGUAAAUAUAAAAUAAUUGUAAUACAUACAUACACCCUCAUAUAAUUAUACCUUUAAUUGAUCCAUGAUGAAGCAAGGGAACACACUUCGUGUCUUUACAUUUAAAGUUACUAUUAAUAUUAGUAUUAAUAUCUGUAAUUUUUACUAUUAUAAAUAUUUACUUUGAGUUUAGUGAAAAUGAUUAGUUGCAAACAUCUAUUUACAAUUUAUUGAAUAAUAACAAUAAAAAUCUUUAAAAGAUUUCAAAUAUUAGUGUCAAAUUUUUUAUAUCAGGAUUAUCGUGUAUUUUAUUUUAUUUGAUUUUUUAGGGUUAACGUUUAUAUAUUAACCAUAUCUAAAUACCUUAUAAAUUUUUUAGUGUAUUUUUGAAUUUUUAAUGUAAUAGGUAAUGGGUAUGGAUAAUAUUCAAACACUUCAUUAUUUGCAAGAUUUUAUUACACAAGUUUAUUACAAUUUUAUUACACAAAUAGAAUGUUAAUAAAAAUCUAAUGAGUUUAUAA